CUCCCCUUUUUUCCCCUCAAGCCGUUUACCCUACAAAACCUGCACCGAGCAUUGUCCACCUCAUACCAGCUGAAGAAACUGUAGAAAGCGCGGAUCCCUGUGGAUACCUUGGACGAAUAAAGUCUGCGAGAUGGCAACUAAAUGCACAGGCUGUGGACCUGGCUACAAAAGCCCACUGGAUGCCAUGAAGGGUCCACGUGAGGAGAUUGUGUACCUGCCCUGCAUUUAUCGCAACACUGGCAUCCAGAAGCCAGACUACCUUGCCACUGUCGACGUGGACCCCAAGUCUCCUACUUAUUGUCAGGUCAUCCACAGACUGCCCAUGCCCAACCUGAAUGACGAGCUACACCACUCUGGUUGGAACGCCUGCAGCAGCUGUUUUGGCGACUCAUCCAAGAAGCGCAACCGACUUAUCCUGCCCUCGCUCAUCUCCUCCCGGGUCUACAUAGUGGACACUGGGACAGACCCCCGCGCUCCACAGAUGCACAAGAUUGUGGAGCCCACAGAUAUCUUCUGGAAGACGGGCCUGGCCAACCCCCACACCACACACUGCCUGGGCAGUGGCCAGAUUAUGAUCAGCAGCUUGGGAGAUCCAUCUGGCAAUGGCAAAGGUGGCUUCAUCUUGCUGGAUGGUAAAACGUUUGAGGUGGUUGGUAACUGGGAGCUGCCUGGUGAGGCGGCACCUUUUGGUUAUGACUUCUGGUACCAGCCCCGACACAACGUCAUGAUGAGCACCGAAUGGGGAGCGCCCAAAGCCCUCGCCUACGGUUUCAACCCGGAACAUGUCAAUGAAGGUCUCUAUGGAUCGAAGAUCCACGUGUGGGACUGGACCACUCACAAACGGCUACAGUCCCUGGACCUGGGGGAGGAGGGCGCCAUUCCUCUGGAGAUCCGCUUCCUCCACGAUCCCGCCGCCACGGAGGGCUACGUCGGCUGUGCGCUCCAAGGAACCGUCUUCCGUUUCUACAGGACCCCAAAAGGAGACUGGGCUGCUGAGAAGGUUAUCCACGUCCCCAGUAAGAAAGUGGAGGGAUGGACUUUGCCAGUGAUGCCAAGUCUGAUCACAGAUAUUCUGAUCUCCCUGGACGACCGCUUCCUAUACUUCAGUAACUGGCUGCAUGGAGACAUACGACAGUAUGACAUCACAAACAGGAGGAACCCACGUCUGGCUGGCCAG